AUUUUCUGUCAAUCUACACUGUCGCCUGACUAGCAAGUUUAGUUGCUGUGUGAAGUUUCAGGGACACUUGGGAUAUUUUUGUCAGCGCAAUGUGGCUGUUUUUGUCUAGAAAGAAAUCUGUGUAGUCGCAGUGAUGAGGCGUGGAGAUCUUCUGCCACAAGCCUUUCAGGCUCCAGUGGAUGUCCAUGCCAGUGCAGAUGGCCAGGUGUACAUGUUCAGACAUAGACAAGAAGGACUGGACGAGCCCUCUGAGGAUGAAGAACUCAAUUUAAUGGAGCUCCGGCCGAGGAGCAGAGAGUCAUCCUCACAGGAGAGAGAAAGAGUGGAAAUGCUCUUGCUGGAAAGAGACAUCUCCCAUGAGGACAAUCUCAACAAACUCGCCCUGCAGUAUGGAUGCAAGGUGGCUGACAUAAAGAGAGUGAACAACUUUAUUCAAGAGCAGGACAUGUAUGCACUCAAGUCUAUUAAAAUCCCUGUAAAGAAGCAUGGGUUGCUAACAGAGUCCAACUCCGAGCUCAGGAAACCUCAGCAGAGACCCUCUAACGGUGUAGUGUCAACAAAUAAGCAAUCGAACGGUGCUGAAACAAGCAUAUCGGGCAGACCUCAGGUGCAGGAAUAUACCAGCUUUCUGAAAGAAGUGGACAGUGACAUUGAACGUCUUAUUCAAAGCACAGACCCCCAGGAAGAGGUAUUUUCUAGAACUUCCAGGGGUUCCAGACAAUGGGGAUGGAGAAAUCGGGGUUUGCGUAGCUACGGUGCAGAUUGGGGAAUCCAGUGGUGGAAUGCUGUGGUUGCAAUGUUAUUAAUAGGCAUUGUCUUACCUAUUUUCUAUGUGGUAUAUAUUAAAACUCAAGAUAGUGGGGAAUCUGUAGUGAAUAAUGGAGUUGGUACUAUCUCAAUGCCUACCUCAACUAGUACAGUGGUGAGCGUCAACACAUUGAACCCUGGGAAUGUAGUCAGAAACCAUCUUGAGGAGAAUCAAGUAUAAGCAAAAGAAAAUAUUGUAUUGUGUUGCGUAUAUUUAAGUGGCCUUUGAAUUUUGGUUUGAUGCCUAGCAUAGUACUUAUAACCUUAGUAUUACAUGUUGACAUUGAUAAAUGGCAUGUGUAGUGAAGGCACAUGAGUCAGUUAUGAGACACUUGACUUGACACUCAUUAAAGCUGUUUAAUGGGUGCUAGUUUUAAUUAAAUUAAAUUAACAUUUUAUUAUAUUUACUGCUAUAAAGAUAUAAAACAUAUCAAGCAUAUCUUCUACUUUUAGUUUAGAAUUUGUCAUUUUACUGUUUGUUUUGUGUGUGUGUCGUUGCUUGAGGGAUAAUAUGCAAAAAAAUCUGGAUAUAAUACUGCUCACCAAUGUAUUAAUACAACUUGUGUAUGAAAUGUCUGAUAUUUCAUGCUAGCUAAAAUGAUGUCAACUUAGUAUUCUUGGCAGAACUCUAAUGUCAUUUCUUUAUAAUGGUAUUGUAGUGCCAGUGGUGCCAAAAAAGUGUAUUAAAUCUUUGUUUGUCCAGUCAUUGGAAGUGCAAUAAAAGAAGACAUAUUUAAAGAAA